AUGCAGUAUGCAGCAUGUAUGCGUAGAGGCGUACAGCUGUGCCAUUCAUCUAUGCCCCGAGUGCCCCAGGUCGCCCUCUUGGCAGGGACGUUGGCGGCCUCUCUGGCCGGGAGCUUCAUGGUGAUUUUCGAGCAAUGCUCGGAUGCAUUGCUCUACAUCUUCCGCUGGAACAAGGCGCACGGUCACAACACGGUCGCCAAGUACUGUCCUGAUGAGUUGGCGAAGCUCAUGGAGUACAAGAAGGUCUCUGCGGGCGAUGGAAUGCGCAAUCGACCGGAGCCUCCCGGUAUCUUCUCGACGCUGCUGUCCUCUAGAAAGGAAGGAGACGGAGUGGUCGAGUGCCCUGCCGCAGCUUUCACUCCCCCCUCAGAUCCCCGCAAAGACAACAGGAGAGUAUUGAAAGUUCGUUGUGCUUGGGAGCGCGGGAGGGCGGAGAAAACAAGGUGGUGCUUCUGGGCAUCGGAUGGUCGACAGAUUACCUGUCCUGGACCUGAUGAAGAUGGCGAGAAGAAGAGCCCCGCAAACUUCGAGAGAUGCUUGCCGGAAGGCCAGAAGUUUCGACUGAUGCAGAACAAGGUGCGCAACCAGCUCUCCUUGAUUUUCAAAGCACCCCAACUUCGCCGGCUGGAAAGAGCCAUCCGCUGCAGAAAUCGCCUGGUGCUGCAGUCCUUGAUGGAGGAGCUCUCUGGAGUCCCCGAGGGCUUGAGAGCUGCGGCACAGAAGCUUCUCUCUGGCUUCCGGCCAGAUCCCAGCGAGCUUCCAAAAGCUCCGGAGCUCAAAGCGAUGCCUAUGGCCCCCAAGGCACCAGCAGAGGCAGAAAGCGGCUUGCCUUUGAAGGCAAGCCCACCACCCAAGGCUAUGCCUCAGCCCAAGUUCAAGGCAAAAGGCCCGGCGCCGGUGAAGCCGAAGGCUCAGGAGCCUCCAACAGGAGGUGCAGAUGCCUCUCCAACUGUGGCUUCGCCGACAGAGCCUGUGGCCAAGGCCGCCCCAGUUUUGGAGGACUUCGCUACCAGCGCAGCGGCCCCGGGGACCGACGAG